AUGGCCCGAGGUGAAUCCGUUGUGGCGGUGAUCGACAUCGCGCCCGAGUCCACCAUCAGGGCAGUUUUGAAAGCGCUGUGCGCCGAAGAAGCGCUUAUGGUGCGCAUCGCAAACAUGCUUGCAAAAAUUCCUCUGGACGUCGAGAGCAAAGAUGAUCAACCGGCCGAACAAAGCGGCUCUGGACACACCUACGCUCCGGUAUACGCUCCGGCACAAGGUCACUGGGGAGCCUCAGUUCAUAUCCUUGGACCCGACCCCAAGUAUCACAGUCCCACACCUGGAUACCACACCAUCAUCAACCACAAGAUUGGGCUAUUGACAUCCAAGUAUCUGAUACCGAAUAACCGUUACACCAAGUACUCCAUCACCACAGCAGGCGAAGCCUCCAACAUUGAGAUCUGCAUCCAGUGCGAUGAACCCUUCGAGCUGGGAGAUGAGUCCGAGACGUGCCAGCAUCAUCCAUACGACAUGGAACUGGACGAAUUCGACCCUUCUUGGUCCGAAAUGCCCAUCUCCCCUUGGGAUAUCCAAGACAACGAGUUCUGCCGCAGCAUGAACCCGAGAGGGUUCGUCUACCCUUGCUGCUACAAGAGGGGAAGCCAAAGCCAGAGGGCCAAGUUCCCUGGUGAGGACGACGCGAGUUCUAACGUUGAGGACGAGGAGGAUAAUGAGGAGGAUGAUGAGGAGGAUGAUAAUGGUGAGGAGGACGAGGAGACUGAAGUGGGUGAAGCAGUUCAUAACAAGCAGAAGGUACAACAAGUCCGAGGUAAUUGGGGGAAUCUCAACAGGCAUAUGGUUAAUCCCCCGCAGUGA